AAUAUAACUUCCAUUCCUCGACAGCUCCAAAACCUUAAACCCUGCUCAAUCUCAAAAACCACACCCAAAUUCGUCGAAACCAGUUCAUCUUCAUCUUUAGUAUUACACUCCCAAACAGUCAAACACAAUCUCUGGCAUCUUCAACCAUGUAUAGUAUCUUAGGCAAAUCAAAUACAAACCCUAAGAAACUCUUGGAAAAUAGCUUCUUCUUCUUCUUCAUCAGAAGUAGAACCCACUAUACAAGCUACUCGAAGAACAACCUUUUUUCCAGAAUCAGCACUCUCAGGAACCCUGAUAUCAGCAUUAUACCGGUCCUUGAUCAAUGGGUGGAAGAGGGCAACAAAGUCGGACAAGCCGAGUUUCAACGCAUCAUUCGUGAACUCCGUGGCCGCAAGCUAUACUCUCACGCCCUCCAGAUUCAGUAACAGUGAUUGUAAAUUGCCUUGUUUCUAAAUCUUCUGCUGCUGGAUGCUUGUUGGAGCAGAUUUCUGAGUGGAUGAGUAGCAAAGGUCUCUUGCCAUUUUCAUCUGGCGAUCGUGCUGUGCGGUUGGAUCUGAUUGGCAUGGUACAAGGGCUGGAUGCUGCAGAGAGCUACUUUAGUAAAUUGAGUGACCAAGAAAAAAAUGAGAAGACCUAUGGUGCUCUCUUAAACUGUUAUGUCAGAGAACGCCUCAUUGAUAAGUCCCUUUCCCAUGUGCAGAAGAUGAAGGAGAUUGGUUUUGCUUCCUCUUCUCUUGUAUACAAUAAUCUUAUGUGCCUUUAUGUUCACACCAACCAACUUGAGAAAAUCCCUGAUGUGCUGUCAGAAAUGAAGAAGAAUGGUGUUCCCCCUAAUAACUUCAGCUACAGGAUAUGCAUAAACUCUUACGGGGCACAAUCAGAUCUUAACAGCAUAGAGAAGCUUCUUAAAGAAAUGGAGAGCAGACCUCACCUCUGCAUAGACUGGACCACUUAUUCCACCCUGGCCAAUUUCUACAUAAAAGCUGGUCUCAAAGAGAAAGCACUCGCUUUUCUGUGGAAACUAGAGGAGAAGCUAGAUAAAAAUGCCCUAGGCUACAAUCACUUGAUAUCGCACUAUGCACAUCUUGGCAUUACAGAUCAGAUGAUGAGGCUGUGGGGCAUCCAAAAGGUUAAAUGUAAGAAGCAAAUUAACCGGGACUAUAUAACCAUGCUGGGUUCUUUGGUGAAGCUUGGUGAGCUUGAAAAAACUGAGGCACUGUUUAAGGAGUGGGAAUCAUCUUGCCAGACUUACGAUUUUCGGGUACCAAAUAUUCUCCUUAUUGGACACUGUCAGAAGGGAUUGGUUGAGAGAGCUGAAACUAUGCUUCAGGAAAUCAUCAAGAAAGGUAAGACUCCAACUCCAAACAGUUGGUCUAUCAUUGCUGCAGGGUAUUUGGAUAAGGAGAAUAUGGAGAAGGCUUUUGAGUGCAUUAUGGAAGCUCUGGCAGUCAAAGAACAAAACCAAGGAUGGAGGCCAAAGCCCAGACUGAUUUCUAGCAUAUUGAAUUGGCUUGGUGAUGAAGGAGAAGCUGAAAAAGUAGAAGCUUUUGUGAGCUCGUUGAAGACGAUGAUACCAGUAAAUAGGGAGAUGUACCAUGCCUUACUUAAAGCUAAUAUAAGAGUCGGGAGAGAAGUGGAACUGAUUUUAGAGAGCAUGAAAGCUGAGAAAAUAGAUGAAGAUGAAGAAACAAGAAAGAUUCUUAGCUUAAAACAGGAGAGUGCUGAAUGACUCAUGAUAUCAUAUUAAGUUUCAUGGUUUGGCUCUUAGCUGUGGUUCAUUGCUGCAACAGGGGCUUUAAUGUUGAAAGAUGUUUGAAGGGCUUGAACUCUAUUGUUGUUGCGUGGACGCAAACAAAUGUACACAACUGCGGAAAUUCACUUUUUAUACUUUGCAUAUGUUACACAGCCUAUUCAGAAGUCCAGUUGGUGGCUGUGCAUCUUGUUUUCUUUCCCCAAUUCCUCUCGUUUAAUGUGUUUUUUCCUUGAUUUUGUUGGAUAGCUUCUUUGAUUAGUAAAGACCUGAUAACACUCGAAUGUUAUUUGGUGUGAGA